AUGGCAUCCGCUGGGCACAUCAUCACCUGGGUCCUGGGUGGGUUGCUCCUCGAGUUAGGGAAUGGAGGUCAUGCAACAGAAACCACCCACCCCCGGUUACGCCUGUCCCACAAAGAAUUAUUAAAAUUAGAUCAAUUAACAAUUCUCCAAUGGCCUCUAAGUUUUUUGAAUUUGGCUAUAAUUUUCCUCGAAAGUUACCAGGAACAGUUAAUGGUAGGCAAUAGGGACCUUGUCUACAGUAUGAAUGUUUACAGAAUUGCAGACGGGUAUACGACUAUACAUUGGCCGAGCACAGCCUUGCAAAAGGAGGAAUGCAUGAUGAAAGGGAAAGAUGCAAGUGAAUGUGCAAAUUUUGUUCGUGUUCUGCACCAUUAUAACAGAACACAUCUCCUAACCUGUGGUACUGGAGCUUUUGACCCUCUCUGUGCCUUCAUCAGAGUUGGACACCAGUUGGAGGGUUAUCAAUUUCAGUUGGAAACACACAGAUUUGAGAGAGGAAGAGGCAGAUGUCCUUUCGAUCCCAACUCUUCUUAUACAUCUACUUUAAUUGGUAGUGAGCUGUUUGCAGGACUCUACAGUGACUACUGGGGGAGAGAUGCAGCUGUUUUUCGCAGCUUGGGGCGUUUGGCCCAUAUUCGAACUGAACAUGAUGAUGAGCGUCUGCUAAAAGAACCUAAGUUUGUAGGCUCUUAUAUGAUUCCGGACAAUGAAGACCGGGAUGACAACAAAGUGUAUUUCUUCUUUACUGAAAAGGCACUAGAGUCUGAAAAUAAUGCGCACACAAUUUACACAAGAGUGGGAAGAAUAUGUGCGAAUGACAUGGGAGGGCAGAGAAUUCUAGUAAAUAAAUGGAGCACUUUUCUUAAGGCAAGAUUGGUUUGCUCAGUGCCUGGAAUGAAUGGAAUUGAUACACACUUUGAUGAAUUAGAGGACAUAUUUUUACUACAUACAAGAGAUAAUAAGAAUCCAGUGAUAUUUGGACUCUUUAAUACAACAAGUAAUAUAUUCAGGGGGUAUGCUAUAUGUGUUUAUCACAUGGCAAGUAUCCGUGCAGCUUUUAAUGGACCAUAUGCACAUAAGGAAGGACCCGAAUACCACUGGUCACUGUAUGAAGGAAAAGUUCCCUACCCAAGACCUGGUUCUUGUGCCAGCAAAGUGAAUGGAGGAAAAUAUGGCACCACCAAAGAUUAUCCUGACGAUGCAAUCCGAUUUGCAAGAAGUCACCCACUGAUGCAUCAGCCUGUGAAACCUGUUCACAAGAGGCCGAUUCUAGUUAAAACAGAUGGAAAAUAUAACCUGAAACAGAUAGCAGUUGAUCGAGUUGAAGCUGAAGAUGGACAAUAUGAUGUCUUAUUUAUUGGCACAGAUAGUGGCAUUGUGCUAAAAGUAAUCACAAUUUACAACCAGGAAACAGAAUCAAUGGAAGAAGUAAUUCUAGAAGAACUCCAAGUAUUCAAAGAUCCAGUUCCUAUUAUUUCCAUGGAAAUUUCUUCAAAAAGACAACAGUUGUACAUCGGAUCUGAAUCUGCAGUUGCUCAAAUCCGAUUCCAUCAGUGUGACAUGUAUGGUACAGCUUGUGCUGAUUGCUGCCUAGCAAGAGACCCAUAUUGUGCAUGGGAUGGUAUAUCAUGUUCCCGCUAUUACCCAACAGGAACACAUGCAAAAAGACGUUUCCGAAGACAAGAUGUUCGGCAUGGAAAUGCAGCUCAGCAAUGUUUUGGACAGCAGUUUGUUGGAGAAGUAUUGGAUAAAACUGAGGAACGUAUGGCUUAUGGUAUAGAAUAUAACAGUACUUUGUUGGAAUGCACUCCACGAUCACUUCAAGCGAAAGUAAUCUGGUUUGUACAAAAAGCACGUGAAGCAAGAAAGGAAGAGGUGAAGACAGAUGAUAGAGUUGUCAAAAUGGACCUUGGUUUGCUAUUCCUAAGACUACACAAAAUAGAUGCUGGAACCUAUUUUUGUCAGACAGUGGAGCACAGUUUUGUCCAUACGAUCCGCAAAAUCACAUUGGAGGUGGUAGAAGAGGAACGAGUUGAAGAGAUGUUUAAUAAAGACUAUGAGGAAGAAGUUUCCCAUAAAAUGCCUUGUCCUGUCCAAAGUAGCAUCCCACAAGGGUCAAAGCCAUGGUACAAAGAGUUCUUGCAAUUAAUUGGCUAUAGCAACUUCCAGCGAGUGGAAGAGUAUUGUGAAAAAGUAUGGUGUACAGAUAAGAAGAGGAAAAAGCUUAAAAUGUCCCCUUCGAAAUGGAAGUAUGCCACCCCGCAGGAAAAGAAGCUUCGGGCCAAGGCUGAGCAUUAUCGACUACCUAGGCAUGCACUGGACUUCUAA